GAUUUAGAAUAUCGCAUUAAUUCCGGACGAAAUGUAAUAGAUUAUUUUGAAAUCAUCUAUAAAACAUUCAAAAAUGAGAAAUCACUAUUUAAUGUUCCAGAAAUGUCAAAUAUUAUCGAAUGCUCUAAUAAUUCUCUUUUAAAGAAAAUAUUAAGAGAUGAUGAGUGGAAAAAAAUUAUUGAAGAACAUUCAUUUCAUAUUGAUAUAGACAUUACUAUCUCUCAUUAUUUGAAUCAGUUAGCUGAUUUUUUAUGUGAUGAUAAUAAUAUCAUUAAUGAUCAUGAAAUGCUCUGUCCAUCUGAUGAUAAUUCACGACACAUCGAGUUAAAAUUCUAUUACAAGGCUUUAGUAAAAUUUAAUAUAAGUGAAGUAUUGUUAGAUGGAUAUGCAAUUACAAACCCUACUCCUUCAAGUAGCCCAAGAGACGAUUCAAGUAGCACGUUAUCAGAACAUGUAGAAGAAAUCUUAUCUUCAUUCAUAGAAGAAAAUGUUGAGGAACUAUCAAAUUCAGAAAAUGGUUAG